AUGCUUUUCUUCAGCUUCUUCAAAACCCUCGUUGACCACGAGGUCACGGUCGAGCUCAAAAACGACAUCCAGCUCAAGGGCACCCUAAAGAGCGUCGACCAGUACCUCAACAUCAAGCUCGACGACAUCUCCGUCGUCGAGGAACUCAAGUAUCCCCAUCUCAGCUCCGUAAAAAAUGUCUUCAUCAGAGGCUCCGUCGUGCGCUACGUCCAUCUUCCCGCUGCGUCGGUAGACACGCAGCUGCUCGAGGAUGCUACGCGGAGAGAGGCAGCAGCUCAGCGGGCAAAAGCCAAGUGA